UGAUUACUUCUGUGUUGUGGUUAUUUUGAGUUGGUUCAAAAGUUCUUAUGUGAAUUUCUUUUUAUUUUAUUUUAUUUUUUGUCUUUUUGUUUUUUAAACAUGUGUGGACUGAAUGAUUUUUCAUGCAAGGACCAAGAUACAAAAUAAUCAGAUCGCAAGGCCCCUUGCAAGCUCGGUUAUACUUUGUUACAAUAGCAGAGAAGUGUUCUGGCAACAGUGGUAGGACAAGAGCAGUAAUACCAGUGGUUUGGAAUUGCCACUGAUGCCCAUUGCUAUGAGGGGAAUGGGCAGUGAUUUCCCAGGACCGUCUAAUCCCUCCUUAUUUUGUUCAGAUAUUGCGAAUUGAAAUGCAUUUUCAGAUACUAUUGAGAUCUUUAGUGAUUGUUGUAUUCUUUAUCAGAUAAACCAGCAGAUGGUGUUUGUUUUCCCCAUCCGUAGGAUCCCAAGAGGAACAAGUAUUUUUGGGGGAAAGGAGACCUUGGUGAGGAAUCUCAGUAUUCCGUUCUGUUUGGGGGCACCCACUUCUUUGAUGGGGGUUCUGUAGGGCUUCAAAGAGAAAGGCCCAGGAGGGACUUCCCCCUCUGCUGUGGAGAGUCUGAGGGAGCCAGGGACGAGCAUUCACCCAGGGGCCACCGAAUAGGUGGUCCUUAGAACACUGGGUGGCUCUUUGGCAGUGGUUGGCUCCCUCUUUGGGGAAGUGUGGAUUCCUAGAGUGCAGACUAUAGAGAUGUGCGGGGACUGAUAGCUUAGUCAUUGGAAAAGAAUGUAUAAGGCUUGUUUUCCCCAAAAUAGAGUUGUGUUUAGGAGCAAGAGCCCAGUUGUCAGAACGGUGGGGAGCUUGUACCUGUUGCAGUCUUGUGGCUUCUCAGAACCCUCUCUCACAACCUUCCUUCUCGCCUGCGUGUCGCAAUUCUGAUGACUUUUUGCAGCACACAGUUAAAUUUUCCGCAGCACCCUGCUCAGCACACUGGCUUCCUUUAUGUUUUAAUGGGCAUCCGUCUUUCCUUUUCAUGUCAUUGAUUCUUACUCCUGGCCCCCUCCCCCUCCCUUUUUGCUUAUUGAAUAGAUGCUUUUUUUUUUUUUUAGACUUUACCUAGAUUAUUAUGAUCAUCUUAUCCAUAGCAACAAAUAAAAAUACACAGGUCUUGAUUGAAUGCCAAGGCUGCAGUUCAAUCUAGGAAGGUUUGUCUGCUAUUCAUAAACUGCUUAAGAUGUUUUCUUGUAGUUUGUGACAUAAGCAGAACGCUUUGAUUUGGUUUCUUUCUACAGCUCCAUUUUCAGUCCGGGAGCACACAUUACUCUGCGUACAAAACGAUUGAACACCAGAUUGCAAUUCAGUAUCUCCAAAUGAAAUGGCCACUGCUUGAUGUCCAGGCGGGGACCCUCCAGAGCAGACAAGCCCUCAAGGAUGCCCGCUCUCCGUCGCCGGCACACAUUGUCCAGUGCCCCCUCCCUUGCUGCACUCAGGGACAUGACUGUCAGCACUUCUACCCCCCCUCAGACUUCACUGUCAGCACUCAAGUCUUCAGGGACAUGAAAAGGAGCCACUCCUUACACAAGGUUGGGGAGCCCUGGUGUUUGGAGUCGAACAAAGUGCCAGUCGUGCAGCACCCUCACCAUGUUCACCCUCUCACGCCGCUCAUCACGUACAGCAAUGAGCACUUCACCCCGGGAAACCCACCUCCACACUUACCAGCUGACGUAGACCCCAAAACAGGAAUCCCACGGCCUCCGCACCCUCCAGAUAUAUCUCCGUAUUACCCGCUAUCGCCCGGCACCGUAGGACAAAUCCCCCAUCCGCUAGGAUGGUUAGUACCACAGCAAGGUCAGCCAGUGUACCCAAUCACGACAGGAGGAUUCCGUCACCCGUACCCCACAGCUCUGACCGUCAACGCUUCCAUGUCCAGCUUCCUGUCUUCCAGGUUCCCUCCCCAUAUGGUCCCACCACAUCACACUCUACAUACGACCGGCAUCCCCCACCCGGCCAUAGUCACGCCAACAGUCAAACAGGAAUCCUCCCAGAGUGACGUCGGCUCACUCCAUAGCUCAAAGCAUCAGGACUCCAAAAAGGAAGAAGAAAAGAAGAAGCCCCACAUAAAGAAACCUCUUAACGCAUUCAUGUUGUAUAUGAAGGAAAUGAGGGCAAAGGUCGUGGCCGAGUGCACGUUGAAAGAAAGCGCGGCCAUCAACCAGAUCCUGGGGCGAAGGUGGCACGCACUGUCCAGAGAGGAGCAAGCGAAGUACUACGAGCUGGCCCGGAAGGAGCGACAGCUUCACAUGCAGCUGUACCCCGGCUGGUCUGCGCGGGACAACUACGGGAAGAAGAAGAAGAGGAAAAGGGACAAGCAGCCCGGAGAGACCAAUGAACACAGCGAAUGUUUCCUAAAUCCUUGCCUUUCACUUCCUCCGAUUACAGACCUGAGCGCUCCUAAGAAAUGCCGAGCGCGCUUUGGCCUUGAUCAACAGAAUAACUGGUGCGGCCCUUGCAGGAGAAAAAAAAAGUGCGUUCGCUACAUACAAGGUGAAGGCAGCUGCCUCAGUCCACCCUCUUCAGAUGGAAGCUUACUAGACUCGCCUCCUCCCUCCCCCAACCUGCUAGGCUCCCCUCCCCAAGACGCCAAGUCACAGACUGAGCAGACCCAGCCUCUCUCGCUGUCCCUGAAGCCCGAUCCCCUGGCCCACCUGUCCAUGAUGCCUCCGCCGCCCGCCCUCCUGCUUGCCGAGGCCGCCCACGGCAAGGCCCCCGCCCUCUGUCCCAACGGGGCCCUGGACCUGCCUCCCGCCGCUUUGCAGCCGCCCGUCAUGUCCUCCUCCUCUCUUGCACAGCCGUCAACAUCUUCCUUACAUUCCCACAGCGCUCUGGCCGGGACCCAGCCCCAGCCGCUGUCCCUCGUGACCAAGUCUUUAGAAUAGCUUUAGCUUCGCCGCCCCGGUUGGUUUGCAUAGUGUUGCGUUUUCGCUUCUUUGUCCCCCCCCCCCACCCCCUUGGAAAGGUUUUGUUUUGUACUCUUAAUUUUGUGCCGCGUGGCUACAUUAGUUGAUGUUUAUGGAGUUCAUUGGUCAAUAUUUGACCCAUUCUUAUUUCAAUUUCUCCUUUUAAAUAUGUAGAUGAGAGAAGAACCUCAUGAUUCUACCAAAAUUUUUAUCAACAGCUGUUUAAAGUCUUUGUAGCGUUUAAAAAUAUAUAUAUAUAUACAUAACUGUUAUGUAGUUCGGAUAGCUUAGUUUUAAAAGACUGAUUAAAAAACAAAAAGGAAAAAAAGAAGCAAUUUUGAAGCAGCCCUCCGGAAGGAGUUGGUUCUGUAUUAUUUGUAUUAAAUACGAGCUUGCGAACCAAUCAUUUUACAUCUGGUUUUUAAACCAUAAGGGCACGACGAAUGCAGUGCCAUAUUCCUUUUUUUUUUUCUCUGUGUGAAACAACUUUAAUUGUGAUGUUACUUGUUAUUGUUUAAAUGUACAGAAACAAAGGGUUAAAUGUGUUAAUAUACCUUGUUCCACGGUGUUGUUCUUUUGGGGGGAGGGGGACGCUACUCAACAGUUAAUGGAAUCCCAACGCUGUUGGACCAGUAGUAUUUAUUGCUUUAGAGAUUGCUUGUCGAACCUGUACGUUGUCCCUUUUAAGAUAUGUUUUCCUUUUUCUUGAAACUGUAUAAAGUUGUUUUUCCUUUAGCCUAAGCAUCUUAUAUAUAACAACUCAUUUGUACAAGGUUUUUAAGUUUAUAUAUAAAAUGUGUAUAUAUAUUUUUUUUGUUUCUCUUUUUGACUUUUUUUUUUUUUGGCUGUAUGAAACCCAGAUGCCGCCAAAUGGACAUUACUAGUUGCAUUAAAGGAUCAGUAGCAUUAACAAAAGUUGCUUUAAAAGCCAUUAUGUAAAACAAGACUUGAAAAUUAGCGAGGGAAUUUUAGCAACGCUGUGUGAGCCGCAGCGGGAACCACCCUGUUUCUCCUUUGAACUCAUAGUCGGCAGCUCUGUACCCUUAGGACACGGCCUGACUGUGUGCAAAACUUUAUGUGCCAAAAUUCUCAGUGACUUUAGCUUUCUCCCUCUUUUUGAUGCUGUAAUUUUUGUUCAUCUGUUUUGCUGUGAUGUUACAUAGGUAGGUUUGUAUGUAGUUUCAAUGUCACCUAUAACAAGACGUGUUUGGUAGCAGAUUGUCCAGAAAGCAUUUUAAAUGAAGAGGUAUAAACCCUUAGGGGCCAAAAAUUCUGUAUAUUAGAUUACUCUUAAAGGAAAAACCAGCUGCCGCUCUUAUGUACACAUAUGACAGACGAGUGGGUGGCAAACUUUACAAAUAAAAAAAAAAAAACCUAGGCAUGUUGAUGUUGCAAAAUGCUGUAUAAAGCUAAAACCUGUUCAUUCAGUGCCAUUGUAGUUGACAUGAAGCGAUUGUAAAACUGUCUCCAAUUUUUCUCUGGUUUAUUAAAAUGCUAACUAUAACAUUUUUUGUGAAUACUUUGAAUGUUUCCUAACAGUUGUGAUGUUACUGUUCCGUUUUAUGCUCUUAUUCCAGUUUCAUUUUUAAUGGUUUGGAAGCCAUUUUUGUAAUGAAUAAAUGUCCAUGCUGUACAGUAUCUGUAGCAUGCCGUUCUGGAUUAAUAAAAGCAACUUAGUAUGUGCA